AUGCCUACCGAUAGCUCAUCAAAGGUUGUUGGUGUAAGACGAAGAGCUUGUGUCAAUUGCACGUCAGUCAAGUCGAAAUGUCUUCCCCUCUCAGCUGAUGAGUGUCAGCGUUGCAAUCGCCUUGGCAAGCGAUGCACUUAUUUGAAUGUCGUUGAGAAGCGAAAAAGCCCAUCAAGCGCCUCUCGUACGAGGCUGUUAGAACAGCGACUGAAUAGAGUUUUAUCCAUGCUCAGUGAAAGGGCCAAGGGGACGCCAUUAAGCGGCUUCAUUACACAGCUAUCAUCUGCUGAUCUUGAUCUCGAUAUUGAUACGCUGGGUGUGAACCGUAUCCUUGGAUCGUCACUACCACGCAGCUUUGCUCCACGACAAAGCCUGGAUGUCAUCGAUCAUGGAUUCAUCACUCUUGAGGAGGCACAGACCCUACUGGACAACUAUCGUACUCGAGCUGUUCCACACUUCCCCUUUGUUCCAAUCGCGCCUGAUACUACUAUUCAAUCUCUCAAAACAGCAAAGCCAUUCCUUUUCAUGUGCAUCAUGGCGACAAUGAAAGUAGAUAACUGCACCAUUCAACGACAAAUCGGAGAAGAAGUCAGGAUGCAAGCCCAUCAGAGAGUCCUGAUGCAGUCUGAAAGUAGCUUGGAACUCCUCCAGGGCCUUCUAGUUUAUAUCGCAUGGUAUCAGUACUUCUUCAGUUAUGAGAAGCAACAGAUUGUCCAGCUCGCACAACUUUGUGUAUCACUGGUUCAAAACUUGGGACUUGACCAGAAUCCAAACAACACAAGGCGUACAGUAGACCUCGGGCCAGAUGAGACAGCCUCUGGCCGAAAGGCUGCUCGUUCUACGGAUCAAUUACGGGCUCUCCUUGGAACAUACUGCACUACCAGUUGGGUUUCUACUAAGUUCAGAACUCGUUGCGCCAUUCCUUACACUGGGUAUAUAAAGCAAAGUUGGGAGAUACUUUCAGCAACAAAAGAGUACGCCAGUGAUGAUCUCAUUGCGUAUCUCGUCCGUAUAAAUGAACUGAGUCGACGUAUAUGCGACACAUUUGGUUAUGAUGAUUUGGAGAACACAGGUGUCAAGGGCGAGUUCAUCAGUGCAAUGGCUUUGCAAACUCUGAGUAACGAAUCCACGCUGCUCAAAGCAUCUAUCCCGCUAGCCUUCCAAGAGAACUUUUCGAUCAAGAUUGAGCUGCAUCUACUUGAUACGCUAAUAGGCGAAGUCUCGCUGCACGAUGACUUCUGGGAUCAUUCAUCUAUCGCCAGUUCAUUCGCAACCAGCAAUCCGUCACUCUCUGUCAGCACUAGAAUGUCUAUUCUAUUUAAUUUGCUGCGCAGUUGCAAAUCUCUGAACGACACUGUGAUGGACUAUCCGGAUGAAGAAUUGUGGUACAUCACCUUCUACACGACCGCCAAGAUUUGCAGAACCCUUUCGUGUCUGUCUAAUGCUAGUAAAAUCUGGCCGGAGAUUUUCAGGGAUAUCAGGAUUGCUCUCAGCAACGCAAGCUUCUCGUACCCCGGCACAUCUCUCUAUGAUGUAACUACCAUAGAGAGGGCAGCAGAUCUCGAGGGUGAAGCAAGACGACUGCAGUCAAAGUUCAAGAAUUUGUCACCAUUGGUUCAGAAUACCGGCGACGAGGCUGAUAUCAUGUUCGGCUUUUCAGACAUGAUAUGGGCCGUGUUUGUAGCGUAUGAUGAAGUACGAGGGACGAAUCACGGUCCUCUCGAUUUCUCCAUUGGCUGUGGUGAUGGGCCAUACGCGUCCGAAAUGGGAAGCUCGGGAGGUUAUCUAUCAAGUACAGGGUCUGGUAAUACGCGUACGGAUACAGUAUUAGAUUUGGAAGGGAUUGAUGACUCAACCUGGGAGGAAUUGCUGGCUGGAAUCACUGCUACAACAGAUCGCGAGCCACCAUUACAACUUUGA